AUGUUGGGUCAGGGGAGGCAGGAGGCAGGGGAUUUAGCCCAUCUGACAGACAGUCUCCCCUCAUGGUUGCUGUGGCCCACUGGCCACCACCCUCCUGCUCUCCCCUCCACAGAUGGAGUGAGCUGGGCCCGAGGACUCCCCAGCCACCCUGACACGCCGCCCAAUAUCUACGAGGGGGGACUUGGGGUCCAGCAGCAGUGCCUCAGUGCCCAGGGAAGCAAGCCCAAGAACUUCCGGCUGCGCCACCUCCGGGGCCUGGCGCUCUACCUGCCGGGCCACAUGCAGCCCGCUGGCCAGUGUGAGAGCCACUGGCUGGGCCGGCUCAUGGCCAGGGGCUGCCUCUCACGGCCCGAGGGCAUGGCCUGGCCUCUGGACCUGCCACAGGGGACUCUGAGCCCAGGUAACAGCCACCACUCAGCCCUUCUGGAAGCUCGACUGCCCAGGGGCAGCCUGGGAAAUACAGCUUCCAGUUCCAGCAUGGAUCCAGCCAAGGGUACCCCCUCCCAGCCUGGUCCCCCUGAAAGCUUGGGACUCCGGCCCAAGAGGUCCUGGGGGCCCUCAGAGGAGUCCACCUGUCCCUUGUGCAAGAGAACCCGCUCUGGGGCUCUGGAGAGGCCGCAGGGAUCUGCGUGUCCAGGCUGGUUCUCACAGCUCUGGACAGAAGGGGAAAGAUGACCCAGGAGGAGGAGGCAGGUCCAGAGAGGAGGGGCUCAGCCCCACCAGUAGCCCCUCUACACCGAGACGCCCGCAGCUGCCCAGUGCCAGAGCCUGGGCCAGCCUCGGGAAAACUCAAGGGGAGGGAGGAGAAGGUCCCAAUGACAGAACAGAAAAAAUAGAAGCCUGGGCAUGCCCUUGCAGCCUGCUCCAACUCAAGUCACCCACUUGUACCUGGAAGGCCGGGCUGAGUGGAGAGUGGGGCUCUCAAGAGGCCAGGGAGCUCACAGGUCUGAUCUCAGUAAAAGCCAAAGCCUGCACCUUCUGUCCCUCAGUCUGUCAUCAGGCCAAUUCGGUCAGAGAAAUAGCCCCUUGGCACCUGAGUUUCUGAGAGCAAGUCUGUGAAUCUCAAGUGGGAUUCAAGCUCUCCCACCCUUAAGUCAUCCGGGUGGGACUUUCUGGAAGGCUUCCUGGGUGGGCAGGGUCUCGGCAGGCCUAAAUGCAGGGUGUAGUAGUCCAGGCUGAGAGGGCAGAGGACAAAAGACGGUAGGCCAGGAUUGGGGAUAGUGCCAGAGAUGAGAGCCAAGCUCCCAAUCUGGGUAGGAAUGUUGGCCUGGACCCCAAGCUGCCCCCACCCAGGGCUUAGUUGAGUUCACUGCUCCAUGGGGACCCCCGGCUGUCCUGUCCCUCCACCUGGGUUAGACUCCAGGCACCAUAGUUUGGGCUUUUCUGUACUAGGGAGUCUGUCUUAGCCCUGUUGACAUUUGGGGCCGGAUCAUCCUUCACAUGUUAUAGGAUGUUAAGCUGUGUCCCCGGCCACUACCCACUAGAUUCCACUAGCUCCCUCCUCCUAGUUGUGGUAACUAAGUGUCUCUAGACAGUGUCCAAUGUCUCCUGGGCAGGGGGAUUGGAGGGCGGGCAGAAUCACUCUUGGCCUAUGUCACUGGGCCUCAGCUCUGCAGGGACAGGAUGGGAGGACCUGGGUUGGCUUCAGUGACCGUCACCGUAUCUCUCAUUUCCAGUCUUGGCACCCUGCGUCAGGUUAGGGCUGUUGCCCAUCUUGGGGGGGGCUCCUGCCAGACCCAUGUGAUGAUGUCAAGGAUACCAGGACAGCUGGGUUCCUUCCAGACACAAGGGAAUACUCCCUUAGCCCCCUUGCUCUUGUACCCUGGUUCCACCUCAGACAUUUCAUAGGUCCUGAGACAGCAUUCGGUCCUCGGGCUGUUUCCAGGUGGUUAUUGGUGUGGGUGUGGCCCUGGGCGGUGGGAGCCUGAGGCUGCAGAAAGGAGCAAUGAGAGAGCAGGUAUUUGAACACUCCAGCUGUGACGGGGGCAGGCGAGGUAGGAAUGCAGCUGCUGAGCUGGUCCAUCAGGCAAGCUCAUGGGGUGACAGAAAGGGCAGCUGCCUUUUCCCUCCAUCACAACUCUCAAUCCCCCAGGAGACUGAGGCUGGGGAGACCUGAGGGAUCACUGCUUAAGACAGAUGUUUGGGGCUCCCCCAGCCACCAGCCAAGCACCAGGUAGAAAUGAGAUAAUGCCAGAAGCCACAAUACUCAAUCCUUGGAGACAGUUACUCUUCACCCUCGUUUUUGGAUGAAGGACUGAGGCUCAGAAGCAAACUGCCCCAGGGUUCAGAUGUUAGAGGGCCAGGGUGUGGUGACCUCCACUGAACCACAUCCUGGUAUCCUGGCCCUGGGUAGUCCUCCUGCCUUGAAUUGGGACUGGUUCUGGGUCUUGCCUUACCAGAAGAAUGUGGAAGUGACAUGGUGUCAUUUCUGGCAUGAAGGAGGCCUAGUAGCUUCUAGUGCAUGUGUGGAGGAAGUCAGUGCCCACAUAACUAGCCCUCCACACAGUGGGAAACCAACCCAGCCCAGGGAAAAUCCUUGCCAAGCUCCAGGCCACCUCGAGAGUGGAUCCUGCCACCCUGUUGAGCCACCCUUACUGAUGCACAGAGGGUUGAUAAGCCAGAGCCUGGACCUCUCCUCUGGGAGGCACAAUGCUGCAGCAACAUGUCAGCCCCAAAGAAAACUGGCUGAGCCAUCCUCUGGUUCCUCCCUAAAACUCCUGAAGCUUUCUUGAAAAGCACUACAAAGAGGUUGAGAAGUAAAGCCACAGGUGGUCAUGGCAUGCUGGGGUCAGAGAGCUUAAGUGAAGGAGGGCCUGAAGAAUCAAAUAAGUAGGCGUUUGUGGAAAUGCACACUGACCACCCUGGGGGGCCCCCUCCCCAUUCCCUGAAUGGCCAGUAGGUUUGGAACAGAGCCACCAGGAGUCAGCCUCAGCCCUUGGGAGAUCGUCCUCAAAGCCUGAUGGGCAGGGAAGGUACAGCUGCCUUCAAG